AUGCCCAGUGGGUUCUGUUUUUGCUUGAAUGACCCAGUGCAAACUCUAGGGACAAAUCGAGUGACAGAAGAGCCAUAUGGAUCCAUAGUUUACUACUUAUCCCGGACUUUCCGCCCUUUUCAACAGCAUAAUCAUAAUGCGUCCAAACAUUCCUUGAGCAGUAUGCAUUUAAUACGCCAGAACUGCGAAAAUUUGCCCAAACUCUUCAUAAAUUCGUCUGGAGUGGGGAGGGGAGGCAUGCCUCCCGAGCGCACGGAAACCCCCCACGUAUUACGACCCCCAUGCGAGCAUGUUACGACUAUCUCUAGCUUCAUGCCAGGCAAUCCAAACCUGAUAUGGCAUCUUGACAUGUACCAGUUCACCAAUGUCGAGGAUGAAGACAUCAUAAUCUUCAUUAUCCAGUCCAUGAAAUAA